CAGUGUUUUCCCUCGCUCAGCUGAUCCCAGUCAGACUGCCUACGGAAAUGUUGUACAGUGCAGGAUAAAGUAGCUUAGUGACAUGACAGCAUGCAACACAAAGACCUCUGUUGGCUUCCAUUGAUCUGAGGAGAAGCUGAGAUGGAAGACUGCAAUGGGGAGGACAUUAUAGCAACACCUGAGCUACCUCUGGAGAUCAUAGUUUACAUCCAGAGCUUUCUUCAAGCUUCAGACAGGAAGGAUGCCUCGCUGGUCUGCCGCAGCUGGUACUACGCCAGUCAGGACUUCCACUUUCAGAAGAACCUCACCUUCAGCUUCCCGGCUUCAGCCUCGUCCCUGGAGCUGAUCAAGGGUCUGGGCAGGAAGUCCCGCUGCAGUCUGAUUAUCAAACAGCUCGAUGGGUUCAGCAUGUCCAGGUCACUGCUCAUGGAGGUGGGUCUGUGUUUGGGCUCUAAGCUGGAGAGCUUGGCCCUGCCCGGCAGCAGUAUAACAGAGGCCUCUCUGCUGAGCCUCCUCCCCCGCCUCACCUCCCUCCGCAGGCUGGACCUCAGGGGUCUGGACAGCCUCUUCAUGUCUGGGGCUUUCCUCUCCAGAGAGGAGCACAGACACCAGGUGAGGUCAGCUCUGUCUGGUCUGGAGGAGCUGGACCUGUCCGACCUGCGCUACCUCUCCGACCUCACCUUCAACCGGCUCACCAGCUGUACCCCCGGCCUACGCCGCCUCUCGCUGGCCGGCUGCCAUAUCGCCUUUGAGUUCGACCCGUAUCGAGGGUGCCCAGCGGGGGCUGUUAAGGAUUCGUCAGCACUGCUGUCACUGAGGAACUUGAAGAGGUUGGUAACGGAGCAGAGAUGGACUCUCGUAGCUUUGGACCUCAGCAGAACCUCCAUCACACCCGAUUCACUACGCACUGUUGCACAGGUUCCAGAUUUGGUCUUAGAGGAACUGCGUCUGCACGGCUGUAAGGAGCUGACCGAUUACUCAAUAGAAGUUCUGGUGAAGCACCAGCCGAGCCUCCAGAGGCUGGACAUCAGUGCCUGCACGGAGCUGACCAGCAGGUCUGUGGAGGCCGUAGCUCAGGGCCUGAAGGCACUGACACAGCUCUCUCUGUCCCGCGACUGGAGGAUCACUGAAAAAGGCCUCGCUGAAUUACUGUCAGUGUCCUCCCUGAGGAGUCUGGACCUGUCUGAGUGUCUGCACGUCAGCGGGACAGAGAUAGUGAAAGGCCUGACAGGAUGCACCACUGCCCGAGCACAGCUGGACACACUGAGCCUCAAGAGCUGCACCUACAUACGGGAUUUUGCAGUUUUCUCUCUCACACAGCUUCUGGGGAAUACCCUCCGUGAGCUGGACUUGACAUUGUGUGUUAAUGUGACUGACCUGUCUGUGCGAGCUAUAGCCACUUACCUGCAGGGCCUGGUGGUUCUGCGGCUGGGCUUGUGUAAAGAAAUCACAGAUUGGGGUCUGCUGGGGAUGGUGGAAGCAACCAAAUGUGAGCCGGACCAGGAGACGGCAGAUAAGGGUCCGAGAUUCACCCGGACUUUCGGCAACAUGGGUUUCUUCAAGCCUCCGCGUUUACCCUUUGAUGAGAAACCCAAGCUGGUGACGCAUAAUGACCUGCAGCAGUUCAAGCAGCAGGCUGGAGCGUCUCUGUUAGCUCUGAACAGGCUGCAGGAGCUGGACCUCUCCGCCUGCCCCAAGCUCACCGACAGCAGCAUCACCCAGGUGCUGCGUUACCCAGACCUGCGCCGCCUGUCGCUCUCCAUGCUGCCGGAGAUCACGGACGCCAGCUUGGCCUCGGUGGCCUGUCACUGCCGCAGCCUCACCAGCCUGGCCCUGAGCCACUGCCCGGGCAUCAGCGACCGCGGAGUGGCUCAAGCUGCACCGUACCUCCACCGGCUGCAGCACCUCUACCUCUCCGGCUGCAGCAACAUCACUGACAGGUCUCUGUUCCUCCUGCUGCAGCACUGUGACCGUCUGCAAACACUCGACAUCUCAAGUUGCAAAAACAUCUCCCCAACAACGGUGGACCUCCUUCAAUCCAGGCUGCCCUUCUUGGAGAAUGUCCACCACAAAUUCAUAGGUGGGGCUGAUAUAUCCCUUACAUUCUGACUGACUGAAUGUCCUGGAAGACCACUUGUCCUUUUUUCAGAGACAAAAACCUGCUGACCAAAGACUGCUCCAUGAGUUUUGCACAUUUUUUUUACACAAGAACUGAAGGAAAGAUGUGUGUGUGUGUGUACUGUGGGAGCAGCUUGUCUCCUGAACGUCACCCUGUUAGUGAGUUUAUAAAAGUGUCUUCAGUGUGAGAGAGGUACCUCUAAUGUGGAAAUACUAACAUUUGUUGUUCUGCGUGGCGUCAAAAAUAACUAGACAGGGUGGAGACAACUGACUGAAAACAUACUUCCCUCUACAUGUAUCUGUUAAAACCAAGAGCAACCCUGUACACUGAGACACAGCUGCCACAGUUUGAAGGAAAUAUGCUCACAAUAAAUCAUAUUUUGCUUUUU